AUGCGGAUGACUAAAGAAAUGCCCACCACCUUUCAAUUUAGGAAUGCUAUGCAUUCAAAUGAACAAUCUACCACAAUGAAACUCGAUGAAGUUCGAUCGUCUUCGCGAGAAAUUUGGGAAAACGCUAUAAACACUUUACUAACUGCACUCGAGAACAUUUUGCUAGACAAUAAUGGUAUGUCAAUAAAACUCGGAAGCUCUGAAGCUGACCAAAGAGUGAAAAGAUUAUCUGCCUCUGAACCUAUGAUGUUGGAGGAAUUUGAAGGUUCCUUUGGUAGUUUAUCACCCCUUAAACGAAAACGCGACGAUGAUAAUCAACAUAUGGAUAUGAUGAUUGAUAAUAAUUCUAGCGAAUUGGUUGACAAUGAUACAAAGCUGGUUCACGAACCUGCUAGGAUACAAUCAUUACGUCGUAUAUUAUCAAAUCCUGACGAUAAUUCUUGUAAUUGGAAUAUUACGAUGGCUGAUUGGAUUGAAUUACAGGCACAGAAAAGAAAUUUGUCUUUACAAGAAUUUCAAUCGCGGUUUCAGGAGCGAAUUUGCGAUAUUGAAUCAGCACUUACAAUUCUUCAUAAUUCAAUUCCUCAAGCUUUUGAUGAUAUUAUGUCUUUAAUUGACAGAUUAUUGAGUAAUGCUGAAUGGCUGAGAUGCGACUAUUGUAAACCUUUCAUAGUAAGUCAAAUCCUUAGACCAUUCUGUAAGCAAGUGGCACAUUUCCAUCAUAAAUUGCAAAUUUUCCCCCAAUGGCAAAUUUUGGGAAAGAAUGUGGAGAAUAUUGUUCAAUAUGUUGAAAUCGUUGAAGACAUGAAAGCAACUGCUAAUUCUGAAUAUCCUCAAAACAAAGAUAUUGGAUGUAACUUGCAAAGAGUUCUUGAAGUUUUGGAAUUCAAGAAAUCUUUAUAUGGUGAAGUUUUGCAACAGUCAGGGUUAUCAUGGAAGGCCCUGGGAUUCCCUGUUGAGGAUAAUUGGUUUCAUGCGAUGAGACAAUGGCUAUUUGGUUUGGCUUUCAAUUGUACUACCAUUAUGAUUAAUGAAAUGAAUAAAUAUGGCCACACAAGUGUAGAUGACAUAAGAACCACGAAGAUUAUGGAAAACAUUAUGAGCUGUAUAAAGAUUACAAGUUACACCGUCGAAUUAAUUGGAUCUCCAAAUAGCGAACUCAUUUUGUCAAGUCUUGUUCUCGCCACUUUUUAUGUCAAUCUAUCAUUAUCUCAAAUAGAUAAAAUGGAAAGUAAAGUUCGAUGCGUCGAAGUCCGAAUGAUGCAUAUUUGCAAUAACAUUAAUCAUAUUCUACAUCAAUUAAUUACUGUACAAGACACAUAUGGGCAAGAUAUCACAUUUACAAUUGACAAUGAAGAAUAUCAACAAAAUCUUAAAAAUGUUGAAAAUUUUGCAACAGCGUUAGUUGAAGUUGGAUUAAGAUUAUGCGAACAUAUUACUAAACCCAAAACCAAUACUGUGACAAGUCCUGCUCUUGAGUAUUCUGGUAUAGAAGAAGCAGUAGAAAUCAGAAUGCGUCCUUUGCUUGCAAGUUUGAAAAAUAUGGAAGACUCUUUGUCUUCUGUAUGA